AGUGUGUUUCCGAUUUAAAUUUGGUCCAUUUUCGCUCUCUACAAAAAGUACCUUACUACUACCGUAAAGAAACGUUUAGUACCUUUCCAAUUCUAAAAAGUAAUAAUUAUCUUAUAGCAAUCAUUAUAUAAACAUGACAAAAAGUAUUUAAUCUUAUUAACAAUAUAACCAUAUUCUCUUCUACUUACUACGUCUUUCAUCAGAUUUUUAUUCAAUAUCUAUUGUUAUAAGUGCAAUAUGUGUUUCCCUUUAAUUUUCAAAGUUUAAUGAUUAUUUGUGAUAGAUAAAAGAAAUGGGAAGAGCCACAACAAUAACUUUAGCAACUUCGCUUGGAUUGGCAGUUGCUUUGUACGUGUGGCAUAAAAAGUAUAGAAGAAGCAUCAAAAUCUCAGAGCAGAAAGCUCAAAGUUUCAGCAAAAUUAAGAUUCUCUAUGGAUCGCAAACUGGAACUUCAGAGAAAUUCGCACGGAUUUUAGCUAAAGAGGCAAAAGAAAUUCACAAAAUUGAGUGUGAAGUUAUAUCAAUGCAAGACUAUGAUCCUGAAGAUUCUUUGUCUGAUGAGGCCAAAAAUGAAAUUAUUCUUGUUUCAAUCAUCUCAACUUACACUGAUGGAGCACCUCCUGAGUCGGCUAAAUGGUUUUGCAAAUGGAUCGAGGAAGCGUCGUCCGAUUUUCGUAUACAAAAAAGUCUAUUAAGUAACUUGAAGUUUUGCGUUGUAUCUUUAGGAAACUCGCUGUAUGAGGAAUAUUUUGGAACGGUUGGUAAAACCUUAGAAGAUAGCUUCAAAAAACUUGAUGCAACAAUGAUCCUUCCUCUCGGAAUUGUUGACGAAAACGUUGCUGAGAGUAGACAUGGAGGUAAGGAAGGUGACUUCGCCGCAUGGAAGAAAAAGUUUUGGAAGAGGGCUUUACGCAUAAUUAAAAAUAAUGAGCAUAUCGAAGUAAAAAACUCUAAGAAAUCGUCAAAAGAUUGUUGUUCUGCUUCUUGUUCUUGUCAAGGAGAUAAAAAAACGGAAAAGAAUGAAAGCGAUAGUGGGCUAAGCGAAGAAGAGGAAGAAGAAAACAGCGAAGAUGUAGUUGAUGUUGAAGAUUUGGGAAAUAUAAUGGGAAAAAUAACGAGGAAUGCUGCUAAGGGAGGAAAUGAAAAAGAGAUGAUCACUCCUAUGUUGCGUGAUGCCUUAACUAAGCAGGGUUAUAAACUAAUAGGGACGCAUUCAGGCGUAAAACUAUGUCGUUGGACAAAAUCUAUGCUAAGGGGUAGAGGAGGAUGCUAUAAACAUACUUUUUAUGGUAUCGAAAGUCAUCGGUGCAUGGAAACUACACCAAGCUUGGCAUGUGCUAAUAAGUGUGUGUUCUGUUGGCGUCACCACACAAAUCCUGUAGGAACCGAAUGGAAAUGGAAAAUGGAUGAGCCAGAUGUUAUAUUCAAAGGCGCUUUAGAAAAUCACUACAAGCUAAUUAAACAAUACAGAGGUGUUCCAGGAGUUAAACCAGAACGAUUGGAGGAGGCUUUUAGGGUUGCUCAUUGCGCUUUGUCUCUAGUUGGAGAGCCAAUUAUGUACCCAAAAAUUAACGAAUUUGUUAAGAUGUUACACGAAAAGAGAAUAUCUAGUUUUCUAGUAACAAACGCCCAAUUUCCAGAUGCUAUUAAAAAUAUGGUACCUUGCACUCAAUUAUACGUUAGCGUUGAUGCAGCAACACAAGAUGCUCUAAAGAAAAUUGAUAGACCUCUGUUUAAAGACUUUUGGCCUAGAUUUCUUGACAGUCUUUCUGCCUUAUCUGCUAAGGGUCAACGAACAGUAUAUAGGCUAACUUUGGUUAAGGCAUGGAAUACGGAAGAGCUAAAUGCCUAUGCUGAUUUGGUGUCAUUGGGAAAACCUGAUUAUAUAGAAAUUAAGGGUGUAACGUACUGUGGAGAAUCAAAGGCGACUACUUUGACAAUGGAAAAUGUCCCCUGGCACGAUGAAGUACUACGAUUCGUCCAACAGUUAGCUGAUUUACUACCAAAUUAUGAAAUAGCAUGCGAACAUGCGCAUUCGAAUUGUGUUUUGUUAGCGGAUGUAAAAUUCAAGAAAGACGACGGCUGGUAUACUUGGAUUGACUACGAAAAAUUCCACGAAUUAAGCGAUAGGUACAAAGCAUCAGAAGGAAAAUUACAAUUUACAAGCGAAGAUUAUAUGGCUAAAACCCCGACUUGGGCUCAAUACGGAGCCGUUGAAAGAGGCUUUGAUCCAGAAGAAAAAAGGCAUUUUAGAAAGAAGGCUAAUAAUAAAGACAUUGGAGGUUGUUAG